ACUAAGAUUAGAUCAAGUAUGACGUUUUUCCAAUUCACUCUUAUCGAUCCAUUUGUAUAUUAAACCUUUAUUUUGAAACUUUAUAUCCCGUGUAUAUAGACAUACUAAACGGUAUAAAUGUUUUAAACUGGAAAGAUAAAAUUUAAUUCAAAAAGGAGACGCGAUGGCAGACGACAGGCAAUAUCACCUCAAGUUUGAUGCUUCCAAAGGACAGGCCGUAGAUGAUUACCUGGAAUAUAAAAGAAUCGUUGGAGAAGAUGACGGGGGUAAACUUUUUACACCUGAAGAAUUUGAAGAAUACAAGAAAAAAGUUCUUCCUAUGCGGAUGAAGAAUCGACUGUAUACUAGCCACACUGGACCGACAGGAAUGGACUGUAAGCUUGUGGGACCGGAAACACCGUGCUUCUGCAAACAUAGGUACAAGCAGCACAAGACAGAUUUUGAGGAGAUUCCAAAAGAGCGACCGAUAAAGUUACCUUGCCGGGCCUCCAAGUGUAAAUGUGUCAGCUAUCAUUAUGUACCAUUGAAUGGCUCCCAGCCCAUACGAUGUCAUUGUAAGCACACGGCUGACGAACAUGCAGAAUUCGGAAAAUUUGUUUGUAAGAAAGCUGGGUGUACUAAAUGCACGGGUUUCAAGAGCUCGUUUACGUGCGGAUGUGGUGCGCCUGUAAGCCAACAUAAAAUGAUAGUUGAAACAGCAGAAGAACGUGAGACACGCGGACACCCUCUAGGAGAGGCAACGCCCUACGCAGCAAUGGGCGGGAUUACAGGAUUCUCAUCAAUGGCGGAGGGAUACAUGAGACUGGAUCCAAGCGGAAAAGGUGCCCCUAGCAAAGGGUUCUUGGAGCAGUCUGUGACGUCAUCAGACAAUCCGUUCUUGCGUUCCAACGUGCACGCCAUCAAGCAACACCAGAUGAGCAAGAAACAGGCUGACAUAGAAGCAGGUUUGACAGGCCCCGAGGAUGAGAUAUUUGACGACAUAGGGGAAAGGGUGUCGUCCCGGAGACGCCCAGGGGAGGACGAGAUGGCAUACUUUGAGAGGAGGUACCAAGAAAGGCAAAUGAAUAAGCCCAGUGGUCAUGAACUCGACUCUCAGAUGGACAAGCUUGCGAUUGGAUCGAGAAAAGCCGUUGAAGAAAAACCGCGAUCAGGACGGAGGAAGUGAACAUGGCAAAUUAAGUGAAAAUAGAUAUAAAGCUAAGUUGGAAGAAAACUGUACGUGUAAAAGCUUCUUACAGAUGUAGUUUGUCCGGAAAUAGAUAUUGAGUACAUAUCAAUAUCCAGAUCUACCAAUAUUUUGAAUUCCGUAAUACGUUUUAUAGCCACAGAUGUCUUUUCACUUAAAUGUAUUUAAAAUGUAGUCAGCGGUCAUAGGAUCUCAGAAAUUGUCGUUACAUAAACUGUAUAUAGUAUAUAGAUGUAUACGUUUGUUGUUUGUUGAGAGAAAUACUUAUUGACCGCGAACUAUUUUGACGGUAAGGAAUGUUAUUGUUUACGUAUGUAAAUGAAAAAAACAUAUAUUGUCGAAUAUAUAUAUACAUAUGAUAUAUAUGAAGAAAUAUAUAUAUGAUGUUA